GAACUUGUUUCUGGUUCAUCUCUCAAAACCAAAAUCACUAGAGAACCAAAUUUGUUGAUAAAACCUCAAAAAUCAAUGGCUGAUAGGAUUAAAGGUCCAUGGAGUCCUGAAGAAGACGAGCAGCUUCGUAGGCUUGUUGUUAAAUACGGUCCGAGAAACUGGACGGUGAUUAGCAAAUCUAUUCCCGGUAGAUCGGGAAAAUCGUGUCGUUUACGUUGGUGCAACCAGCUUUCGCCGCAAGUUGAGCACCGGCCGUUUUCGGCGGAGGAAGACGAGACGAUCGCGCGUGCUCACGCUCAGUUCGGUAAUAAAUGGGCGACGAUUGCUCGUCUUCUCAACGGUCGUACGGACAACGCCGUGAAGAAUCACUGGAACUCGACGCUCAAGAGGAAAUGCGGUGGUUACGACCAUCGGGGUUUCGAUGGUUCGGAGGAUCAUCGGCCGGUUAAGAGAUCGGUGAGUGCUGGAUCUCCUCCUGUUGUUACUGGGCUUUAUAUGAGCCCAGGAAGCCCAACCGGAUCUGACGUCAGUGAUUCAAGUACAAUUCCGAUAUUACCCUCUGUUGAGCUUUUCAAGCCGGUGCCUAGACCUGGUGCUGUUGUGUUACCGCUUCCCAUUGAAACGUCGUCGUCUUCUGCUGAUCCACCGACUUCGUUAAGUUUGUCACUUCCUGGUGCUGACGUAAGCGAGGAGUCAAACCGUAGCCAUGAGUCAACGAAUAUCAACAACACCACUUCGAGCCGCCACAACCAUAACAACACGGUGUCGUUUUUGCCUUUUAGUGGUGGGUUUAGAGGUGCGAUUGAGGAUAUGGGGAAGUCUUUUCCCGGUAACGGCGGCGAGUUUAUGGCGGUGGUGCAAGAGAUGAUUAAGGCGGAAGUGAGGAGUUACAUGACGGAGAUGCAGAGAAACAAUGGUGGUGGAUUCGUCGGAGGAUUCAAGGAUAAUGGCAUGAUUCCGAUGAGUCAAAUUGGAGUUGGGAGAAUCGAGUAGAGAGAGUGAGAUUUUUAGGAAACUGUUUAAAUCGCGUCAUGGAUGGACAUGGAGAAGAAGAAGAAAAAUGCUCUGUUUUUUUCUCCUUUGGAUUAGGCAUAAGAAUUUUGGGUUUUAAGGGAAUGUAUAGAGGAAAUCGAGUGAACAACAAAGCUCGAAAUAUGGG